CUGGCCCUCGCGCUGCCCCGCGAGGCACAGCGCGGACUUCCUGUUUCGCCCACCAGUCUCUGCCUGCCCGUCUCCCAGUUUUCCAGGACCGAGCCAGCCCCUGGGCCUGGAAAGCGGCAGGAGAACAUGGCAGUCUCGGCGUCCAGAAGAUUCACCAUGACCAGGGCCUUAGAAGAGGCUCUUCUCCAACACUUCAUAUGUCAGAAACUGGAGAUCGCUUAUGCCAUAAACAAGCCAUUUCCCUUCCUCGAAGGCCUCCGAGACAACUUGUUCAUCACCGAGAGACUGUACAGGGAAUCUCUGGAAGCCUGUGGAAAUCUGGUCCCUGUAUCCAGAGUAGUGUACAACAUUCUAACCAAACUGCAGACCACCUUUAAUCUGUCAUUUCUGGAGCUGCUGUUCAGCCAAAUUAACCUGCGUGAAUACCCCAACCUGAUGAUGACACUUAAGAGCUUUGAAAGAGUUGUCACUUCCCAUGGAGGGCAGAGCAGAAUCAGGGAGAUUCCCCUCGAAGCAUCAGCCAACCCAUCAAGAAGGUGCUCCCUGCAGACCCUGUUGCCACUGCUGCCCGCCUGCCAGCACCCCGCACCGAGCUGCCCAUCCUGUGCACCCAGUGUCAGUGAGCCCAAGGCACCCGCCCAGCACAGUGCUGAGAUCCUGAAUGAGCCGCCCAGCCCUGCUGGCCUUGCUGUGUCUCUCUCUGGAGUCAUCGAGGAAGGAAGACUCACUCCAGUGGCAAGAGAUGAUUCUUCUGAACCGAGUGAACCAAAGGAGCUCCAAGAGGCAGCCGGGACACCUUCCAACAAGAAAGGAAAGAAAAGAAAAAGAAAUAUCUGGUCAACUCCAAAAAGGAGACGCCAGAAAAAAAGUGUCCCAAGAGAAGUAGCGUCACCUGGACAUGGACUUCAAGAGAGGCUCCCAGAGAUGGAUCAGGCAACUCAAAGGAAGGUCGACUCAACCAGAAACUCAAAGGUCAUGACAAGAGUCCAGGAGACAAGGACCAAAUGUGCCCAGACACCUAAACCAGAGGAGAUCAGUGAUGACAUUUCAGAAAUAGAUGAAGGAAAGAGACCCCAGGAACCACCCAGCGGAUCACCAAGAAUCACGCGCAGUAAAGAAAAGAAGAGAAAAAUACAAAGCUGGUCCAGUUCGAAAAAAAGACAGAAAAAAAGCCUCCCAAGAGGGGCAGCCUCACCUGGGCACAGAGUCCAAGAGGAAUGCCAAGUGAUGAAUCAGGCGACUCAAAGAAGCGAUGAUUCAACUAGAAACCCAUAUGUCAUGAUAAGGGCCCAGAAGGCAAGACCUGAAUGUGACCAGACACCUACACUUGAGGAAGAGAAGAAGGGGAAGGUUGUCUGUUCAAGUUCAACAAGGUGUCAGAGAAAUAUUCUUGCAGAGGAAAAACCCAAAGAAGACAGUCUGGAUUUUCACGCUCCUAAACUUCCUGUGACCUGUGGGAAGGCAAAAGGGAUUUUAUAUAAAGAAAAAAUGAAACAAGGAUCCUCAGAGAAGUGCAUUCAGAAUGAAAAGGGAGUUUGGUUCACACCCAGAGAAUUUGAAAUGGAAGAACGGGCACAGUCCAGAUACUGGAAGCGGAGUGUGCUUUGCGGAGGAAAGAGCUUAGAACAGCUGAUGAAGAAUGGACUUUUGCUCUGUCCUCCAAGAAGUCUCAAGAGAGAGGAAGACCCCAAGGAAUGCAUGGUGUGCUGCAGAGGGGGACUGCUGCUCUGCUGUGACACCUGUCCAAGGGCCUUCCAUGAGAACUGUCACAUCCCCCCCACGGAGGCAGAGAGGAUGAAGGAGCGCUCAGGGAGCCAGCAGUGCCAUGGGGAAUCUGAGCUUCUGACGAGGCAGAUGGAGCCUGAGGAUCAGCUGAAAUGUGAGUUUCUCCUCUUGAAGGCCUACUGUCAUCCACAAAGCUCUUUUUUUGCGGAGACUCCACCUAACAUCCGAGACUAUGGCGAGCCCUUUAAGGAAGCCAUGUGGUUGAACCUGGUUAAGGAAAGGCUGGCUGAGAAAGUGUAUACAGUGGCCUGGUUCCUGCGGGACAUGCGCCUGAUCUUCCGCAACCAUCAAGCAUUUUACAAGGCUUCCGACUUUGGUCAAGUGGGAUUGGAUUUAGAGGCAGAAUUUGAAAAGGACCUCAAAGAAGUGCUUGUUUUUCAUAAAGCCAAUGAGAACAGCUUCCAGGCUCCACCUUGAUCCUGUUCUGGAAAGACAAAGGUACCCCAAUUUCAGGAUCCAGAUGAUGUGGCCCUGGCUGUUCUUAGAUUGCCAACGAGUCUGGGAUGUUACUGGCUGCACUCUUGACUCAAAUCCAGGCCCUUCACAGCAUGAGUACACCCUCCACCUCCUUUUAUUGUUUCUUUUUAUGUUUCACACCUGAAAAAAUUGAAUAUUUCCUUAAUGCCGUGAAAUACCCAUCACAGUUCACAUUCGCCCCAUUGUCUCAUAAAUCCUUUUACAGUUGAUCAGUUUGAAUUAGGAUCCAAACAAAUUCCACGCACUGCAUUUGGCUGAUCUGUCUCUCAAGGCUCUUUUCUCUGUGGGUUCCCCACUGCCUUUUCUCUUUCCUAUCAACUCAUUGGAGAACCUGGGGACUUCAUCCUAUAAAGUUGUUCAUUUUCUGGAUUUUUCUGCAUCCCCUGAGUGGCCUGUUCCUUUCUCCCUGACAUCUCUGUAAGCUCGAAGUCAGAGCUACAGGCUUGCUUAGAUUUGAUUCCUUGGGGGCAGGGAAUAUUUUGGUUGUUUCUUUAGUAAACAGACUUCACAGGGAGAUUUGUGUCUUCGUCUGUCAUGUUAAGAUCAGUCAGCAUGUUCAGGUGUUACCAGCCCGACCCAUCAUUCUAUCACCCUUUCACCUAAUGAUUUUGUCAGCCACUGAUGCUCAUUGCCUCAACCCAUUUCGUUGGGGUUUGCAAAAUGAUGAUAUUCAGAUGCUGUUAUUCCUUCUAUAUUUAUUAGUCAGAAUUCUUCGGCAAAGAGCUUCCCUUCCACAAUAUUUGGUUAUCUUGAAAUACAGUUUGUAUAGGAAAUGCAGGAUAAAUGCUAGAUUCUUUAUUUAAAGUGUUCAAAUCAAUGAGUUGUUUCCCUAAUAGCCUCUAAAGAUAAGCAGGGAGGGUUUCUUUUUCCUUUAAAGUAUCUUGAACUCAUGGAUUUAAAUAUAUUUAAUGUGUUCCAAACCAUUGCAGUUAAUGUCUUUAUUGCUGCUCAAAUCACCCAUCUUCAGUGAGUGAGACUCUUUUCAAGUUGGCUCCUGAGUCAUUCUGAAAUGACCCCAGAGCUCUUUGGUAGAGUAUCAGCUCUUUCUUUCUGUAUAACAAAUGACCCCAAAGUUUAGCGGCCUAGAAGAACAAUCAUUUUCCUGCUCACUAAUCUGUAGGGCAGAAUUCAGGCAGUGGUCCGUGUGGAUACCUUAUCUUUGCUCCACACAGUAUUGACUAAGCCCUUUCGUGCUUGCUUGCACAGUGUCACUUCCGCCACAUACUAUCAGUCCAAGCAAACCACUGGACCAAAUUCAAAAGGAGGGGAAAUAGGCUGUACCUCUUCGUGGGAUGAAUGACAAAGUCACAUUUCAAAGGGAAUGUGGCUUGGGAAGAAAUGUUGCCACUGUCUUCAGAAACACUCUACCAUAGUUCACAGCAAGUCACAUCCUUGCUACAAGCAAAGGACAUUCCCUCCCACCCCUGCCCCAAGGAGCCUCAUUCUUUGCAGCAUUGGGUCAAAGCCCAGGACCUCAUUGUCUAAAUCAGGUUCAGAUCUGAUAAAGUUUCCUUGGCUGUGGUUCAUUGGAUGUGGCUCUGCAUGCUGGUACCCAUCCUCUGGAACCAAAGACUUGUGAAUUGAAGAACAAGUUAGUCUCUCCACUUUCCAAAUCUAAUGAUGAAACAGCGACAGAAUAACCACUGUGGACACUUGCAUUCAAACGGGGAAAUGGGUAGCAAAUAGCCGUCACUAGUCCAUAAGCAAUUCAGAAAUCCAAUCAAGUGCCUCAAUCCCAGGACACAGAAUAUUCCUUGAGAAUCCUAUGGUCUAUAAAUAUUAUAUCCCUCUAAUUCUUAUCCAUCACCGAGGGCUUCUUCCAUGUCUUCCUCCAGGCCCUAUUUGUGUCUCUUUUCUCCCCAGGAUAUUCACUCACUUGCUCAGCUCUAAACUACAACGAUAAUAGUUUUGGAAUCUCUAAUUCAUACCACCAUAAAAAAACUAAAUUAAAUUCUAAAUUUGUGUGAAAUUUAUUUUUGUUUCUGUUAUAUAUUUAAUAUACCAUCGCAGAGGGAAUUUUCAGGAUUUUGCGUGUGUAUUUAUAAAUGAGAUUAGUCUGUUAAGUUUCAUAUAUUGCCAUAGUCAGAUUUAGAGUUUUCCUAGCUUGGCAAAAUAAUUUGUAAAAUUUUAUACCUCUUUAUAUGUUCUGGAAUAGUUUGUAGCAUUUUUAAUUAACCAACUCAUAAAAUGAUACAGCCUGGAGGACUUUCCCCUAUUACUUUGGGGAAGUAAUACUGAUCACAUUCUCUGCUGUUUUGUGGUGAUUAGACUCUUUGGAUAUUCUGUUGCUUUUUGAAUCAGUUCCACUUUUAUCUUUUCUAAGAAGCCAUCCACGGCAUUUAUAGCUGGUCUUAUUUCUGUCAUAUUAUUUUAUUCUUUCUCUUUGAAAAUGUUAGUAUUUUUUGUCAACAGUUUGUUUUCAUCUUCUAUCCUGAAAGGCAUUAUGACGGUUUUUUCUAAUAUUUACCUGCAAGUUUUCCAACUAUAUUUCUAACUUAUUUUUAAGUGUCAGAACCAAAAAUUAAAUAUCUUUUAUAUGCUACAUAUUUAAGCCAAGAUGUUUGUCAUUUUUAAACCUCUCAGCCCUAAUUCCUUUCUAUCCACUGUUUAAUAAUAUGGAUAUUCAUUAUCAUUAUUAAAUUUUUUGUCUUUUACUCUAUAUUAAUUAUUUUAAAGUAUUCAAUUAUGUCAUUAUCUUGUUAUUUUUACAUUAUAUAAAUUAUUUGUCAUGUCAAAUAUCAUUGAACAUAAUUGAAAAGCAAACAUUAAAAAUUUGUAUUAAUGUUCAUCCAUAUUCAUGAGAGUAAUACUAAUGUGCUUCUGUUCUCACUAUUUUAGUUUCCCCACUGGUCUUUUCUUGCCAUGACUCCUCCAUACCUCUUUUUUUGCACCACCUUUCUAUCGACUGAAGUAUAUCUUUGAGUAAUUGUAAAAGAGGAGUACAUGGGUGGUAUGUUUUCUGAGUCUUGGCAUAUCUCAGAAUGUCUUCUGUUGUUUUCAUUAAUUAACAACAUAUUGGGAGGGACGGUAUAGCCCAGUGGUAGAGUGUAUGCCUAGCGUGCAUGAGAUCCCGGGUUCAAUCCCCAGUGCCUCCAUUAAAAUAAAUUAAUAAACCUAAUUGCCUCCCCCCCAAAACAAACAAAAAUAAAACCAAAAACAUAUUAUGCUAAUAUAUAUAUUUUAUCACAACAUCUCACCUUCAAAAUUGACUUAGACUUUAUUCCACUGUCUUUGAGCAUUUUGUUCCACACCUCAGAAGUCUGAGUUCACCCAGAAUUCUGCUUCCUUGUUAGUGUGUGGACACAUAUGAAAUUCUCCAUUUACGUCUAUAAUUAUGUGUUUAGUUAUUUUUGACAGGAUACAAUUCAAUGUAAUAUUUUUAUCAUUGAUCUUUCCUGGCACACUGAGCCCUUUCAGUGUCCAUACCUGGUUCUAUUUUCAGCUCCAUUAAAUAUUUCUGAUUUAUUUGUUCUGAGCUUACUUUCAAGAACAUCUAUUGUCCAUAUGCUGGCUACCUGUUCUCUGUGUUCCCUAUUUAUUACUAAAAAAAGAAGAAGAAAUUUCAGAAAGCACGCUUCCUCUUAGGUCGUUAGUGUGAGAAUUAAACAACUAACUUUAAAUAAUUACAAUCCUAUGGUCAAUGUUUUAAUCCUAAUGAUUUUAGCAUUUUAGUAAUGCUAAUUGCUAUCUACUAAACAAACCUCAAAGGAUAUAAAUUUUUCUCACCACAACACUUUUUUUCUCUCAAGACAAAAACAGAAAGUCAUUGCAAAUUACAAAAUUGUUCUGAUCUGUCUCCACCCAAGUUGUCCAGAACUGUGAGAAAUAAAUGUCUAUUGUUGAA